UUUUUUUUUUUUAAAAAGAAAACUUUGUUUAUUUAACAACAGAAAUGGAGUUUACACAACGACUACCAUCAGAAAUUUUUAUAUCAAUAUUUAAAGAAUUAGAUACAAAAACAUUAUAUUCACUAUCAUUAGUAUCGAAAGGAUGUAAUACUUUUGCUAUGGACAAUCAUAUUUGGAAUCAUAUAGCUUUAAAUCGUUGGGAAGGUAAACAGGGUAUGGCAGAAAUAUGUUCUGAACCUCAUAAUCUAUGGUUUAAAAAAGCUGGGACUUGGAAAAAAGUUUAUAGUAUCGUUGAACAAGAAGCCAGAAGAAGUGAAUUAAAUGCUGACGAUUUGGUUGAAACCACAUGGCGUUUUAAGUUUAAUAGUUAUCCAAUUCCACAUGUUGGAUCACCAAACUUCCAUCGUAAUGGUGUAUAUACUUUCAGUGGAGUGAUGGAUGGUCAAUUACCGUGGACUUUUACAAAGGAAGGUCGAGUUAGAGUAGAUCAAUUUCCUCCAUUAACACCGUAUAGAUCAACAGCAGAUUGGUCAUUAAAAAUGAGGAAUAUUCACGUUACUUUUGCUUCUAUAGAUCAUAAUUGUUUUCGUAAAAAAUUGUAUCAAUUUAAUUUAAAACUUGUUGAAGAAUUAGGUUUAGAUCCUUCUAAGUAUAUUUUACAACCUCCUAAACCUUCUUUUUCCAUAUCAAGUAAUUCAAUCGAGGGAGUUGACGAGAAUGAUGAUGAGAAUAAUCAGGAAAAUAAUGAAAAUAAUGAUGAAAAUAAUAAUGAGGGUGAAGAUGUUGCUAUGGAUCAUAUUAUGGUUUUACCCUCCAAUCACGUAUUUCAUGAUGACGACGAUGACAAUAAUGAUGAUGAGGAUCAAAGUGAAAAUGAUCAUUAUGUUAUAUUUUUAAGCUUUCAAGAUUAGAUUUAGGAUUUUGGUAUUCAUGAAUUAAUGAAUAAUCUAAUUGAAGAUUGAUUUAUGAAGACAAUUUUAUUCAAUUAUUCUUGACGUUAUAUAAGUAAGAGCAUUUCUCAUAAAUUUUAAGAUAAAAUUUAGUUAAUUAAUUAUUUUUAUACACUAUUUAUCUUAUUAAACUAAAAAAUAAAUAAA